AUGAACAUAAUUAAGGUUUACAUUAAUUUAUAUUAAAAUUUUUUCAAAAAAUUUUAUUAAAGAUUUAAAAUCAUGGGAAAACAACCAACACAAGGAUAAAAGAAAACCAAGGAUUAGAUUUCUAAGGCAGCCUCCCAAAGAAGUAAUUAAACAAAGAAGAAAUGGACUAAGGGAAGAGCAAAGGAUAAAUUAAACAAUGCCGUGUUUUUAGACAAUACAUCCUACAAAUAAAUUGAGACCUAAUUACCAAAAAUGGGUGCAUUGAUCACAGUCUCAACAGUAUCAGAUAAAUUCAAAGUUAAUGGUUCAUUGGCAAGAAGAUGCAUUAGACAUUUCGCAAAAUCAGGUUUGUUGGUGCCAGCCGGAGAUUAAAACUCUAAAUAAUACAUCUUCACUGUAAAUGCUCAAGUUGUCGCUGCCUAAAAAGCUGCCGCUGCUGCUGCCGCCGCUGACAAACCAUAAGCCUAAAAGAAGGCUCCAGCACCCAAGAAAUAAUGAGAUUAUAAUUUAAGUACAUUACAUGAUAUACAUAUAUAAUUUUGGAUGA